AUGAAGAGCAGACAAUUGAGUAACCGGUUAUUGGUGUCCAUGGUAUUAGUUUGCUGUUGCCAACAAAUCUGGGCAGGCUUGGUGGUAAAAGGAGGAAAAACAAAAAAUUCUACUAUUACGACGAAGGCUACCAGUCAGACCACAAAACAACCCAAAGUCCAACAUAAGGCCAAGACAACUACAACCACUACGCCCACACCAGAGCUAGAAACCACAACCUUGCCAGCUGACUUGGAUUUAGAUGGACGCAGUGCUUUUAUUAACAAUCAGUAUGUAGAAAAUUCAGAACCCAUACCGGAUACUUCACCGCCUCUGUAUGAACUUUUGCAACAACAAAUGGAAACCGUACUAUCAAAUACAGGAGGAAAUAUACAUGUGUAUGCCAAUGAUUCACCCCAAAUGAAAGAGGCCUUAGACAAUGAAGCUACCGAGACCCAAAAACCUCCUGGAAAACCAAUAUUUGGCUAUGAUAUGGGUCAAUUUGAUGACUAUGAUGAGGAGGAGACAAGUGAAUAUGAAGGUGAAUAUAUACCCGAUAAUUGCGAAGAUACUCAAGAAAGUCUGGGAGAUAAUGAGGGUGACAAUGGUUAUGCUGGAGCAGCACAAUUAAGUCACUCCAAUUCACCAGUUUUACAAACUAAUUAUGGGCAAACGAAUGUAGAAAAUUCCGAGCCAAAUAUAUAUGAACACUCCACACAAAAUAAGCCCUAUGAUUCCUCCAAUUAUGCGCCACAGAGUAGUAACGAUCAGGGAGCAGCAUAUGGCAGCAAUAAUCAAAAUAAACCUAAUGAUUCUUCGAAUUAUGCAGCACAAACUAGUAACAAUCAGGGAGCAGGAUAUGGCAACAAUAAUCAAAAUAAACCUAAUGAAUCCAACAAUUAUGCCGCACAACAAACUAAUACAAAUCAGGGACAAUCGUAUGGUAAUAAUACUCCACAAAAUGGUUACGCAUCCACAAAACCUAUGCCGCAACACAAUCACAAUAAUAACAAAGCUGGUAAUAAAGCGGCAACCAAACCCAAACCUUCCAGUCAACAUAAUUCCCCAAGUAAUUAUGGCCAAACAAAGCCCAACGAACAAUACCAGCAACCGCAGCAACAUCCAGCAAAUCACUAUGUUCAGUCCAAACCCAUGGAGCACUAUGGUCAUGCCAAUCAAAAACCUUUAACAAAUCAAAAUUCUUAUGGCAAACCCCAACAGCAACAGAAUCAAAAGCCUUAUUAUAUCACAGGAAAACCCCCACAAAAUCUAUAUAGCAAUCAAAAACCAUCUGGAAAUAAUAAAGCCUCGGCAAUUCCUUUAACACAACAAACUAAAACGGGUUACAGCAAACCAAAUCAAGGUUCCAACAGCAAACCCUCUUAUAGCAAUAACUAUCCUACAACAACUUCCACGUCAUUUAAUAAUAAUUCCUACAAUAAUUCGGAGUCCUUAAGCUCCCCAUAUGGCAGCUUUAAUCCCUUAACAACCUCCCCUUACACUCAUGGCAGCAGUUCUAAUACCCUAAAUCCUUCUUUGGCCCCAAAUUUCUCAUAUGGCAAUACUAAUACGGUAACCUCAUCGCCAUUUUCCGGUAAUAAUAAUAAACUUCCCCAUAAUGGCCAAAAACGACAUUUAACCUUUAGAACUGUGUCCUCAUCUACGCAAUAUGUUUCAACACCUUUGGCGGAUUUAAUGUUCAAAUUUUCAAUAGGCAUGGCCAAGUCCUCGAACUCGAAACUGGGCAAUAAUUCUGUAAAUAAUCAAGCGCAAGUUUUUAAUGUAUUAAAUGAUAUUGAUGCCAAAACUGAAUAAAAUAAAAAGGAAUUAAAAAAAGUGUUCAAAA